CCAAGUUUGAUACCUUUUUCUCAUCUCUACUUGAAAUGGAAGACCUUAAGAAGAAGUUCAAAGAGAAUUGGGAUUCAAAAACUGAAGGCAAAGGCAAAUCAAGUGUUGUUUGUGAUGUAGAUUCAAAUAUGAAGGAUGACCCGAAGGCGAAAAGUGUUGUUAAUGUUAAUGAAGAUAUAUCUUUAAAGGACAAAAACAUGAGUGACAUGGAUCUCGACAGCUUUUUGAUACCGAAAGAUGUUAUGGUGAAUGAACCGGUUCUGUGCUCCACAGUUGUUUCUGAUUUCAAAGAGAAUUCGGUUUCAAAAACUGAAGGCAAGGGCAAAUCAAGUGUUGAUUGUGAUGUAGAUUCAACUAUGAAGGAUGACCCGAAGGCGAAAACUGUUGUUAAUGUUAAUGAAGACAUAUCUUUAAAGGUUGUAUUUGUCCUACUUAAACUAUUAUUUUUUAAUUUUACUGAAUGUGUUUAUAUUACUUUUGAAAUUUAUGUUUUGCUUUUUUCAGGACAAAAGCAUGAGUGACAUGGAUCUCGACAGCUUUUUGAUACCAAAAGAUGUUAUGGUGAAUGAACCGAUUCUGUGCUCCACAGUUGUUUCUGAUCCCAUUAUGAACAAUACAGUUGAUGUUCGUCAAUCUGUUUUGCCGCGAAAGUUGAAGG